GGUUUGGGGAUGGUUUGACUAUAAAGUAUUUCGGAGUUUGAAAUAUUCACACUGGACAUUUGCCUGCUUUACUGAUCAUGGCUGACUUUGACAUGGUUCUGAAUUGCUGGGGGCCAGUGGAGGCUGACUACAACACACACGGAGGACUGGUUCUGAGCCGUCUGUUCACAGAGCACCCAGACACCCUGACGUUGUUCCCUAAGUUCGCAGGCAUCGCAGCGGGGGACCUGUCCGGGAACGCGGCGGUAGCUGCCCACGGGGCCACCGUGCUUAAGAAGCUGGGAGAGCUGCUGAAGGCUAAAGGUGACCACGCUGCCAUCCUCAAACCCCUGGCAACCACCCACGCCAAGCAGCACAAGAUCGCCCUCAACAACUUCAAGCUCAUCACCGAGAUCAUCUGCAAGGUGAUGGGUGAGAAUGCAGGGCUGGACGGGGCAGGGCAGGAAGCGCUGAGGAAGGUGAUGGGCGUGGUCAUAGCUGACAUCGACGUCACCUACAAGGAGCUGGGCUUCGCUGGCUAAACGGUUUACCUCAACGACCUACGACCCCCCACGCCAGGGGUCACAAGAGGUCACACGGAAAGGACAACAACUGGAGACAUUUACUGGGAGCUUACACGUGAAGCAGAGUGGUUACUAGUUUAUAUACAGUACAUUCUAAGUGCUGGUUUGCUUGUGACUUGCUGAAAGUACAGGAGGUGUAUGGGGCAAAGCUUUUGUGAAAAUUCUGCAUUUCUCUCUGUACAGUAUAUUGCCUUAAUCUGCCAUUUCAAUGUAGUUUGCUUACUGAAUGGUAACUGUUUCUCAUUGCACUAAACCAAUAAACGUUCUAUCAGCUGCAAAUAAGUGCUUAAAA